GAUAGAUAUCUGCGUCUGUUUCCUUCGGAGAUAUUUGACCACAAGUAGACUGUCUUGUAACUCUUCUCGUCGUGGGAUGCGCAAAAGAGUUUCGCCGUAAUAGUGGAAAAGGAGAAGCAAAAUGGACAGCAUCGAAGAUGGCAGAUCGUCCUCAAAGAGGGGGCAGACGAGACUGAUUCGUGAGCAUCCCUUUGUGGCUGCAAUAUUCGGGCUGCUCCAUGCCAUGACCCACGGAAAUGAGAUCCCCGUUACUAUGGGAUGCGCCUUGUCUGUUCUGGAGGACCUGCAGCUGUUCUCUUUUGCCUUGCGCCCAAAUAUGGGAUACGGCAAAAUGCCCUCAUGGUUUCCGCUGAUAUUCAAUCCGAUGUCUGCAAAGCCCGACGACGACAUCCGUUUUGCUGCCUUGUUCUACAUUGCCUUCGUGGUUACAAUCUUCACCGCUGGCUUGACCUUGGUGGUCGGCUUCUCUAUGAAAGGUUCCCAGAUAAGAGUUGUUUGGCCUUUGCAGAUUUUGCGUAUCAUGACGACACUAUUAGCAACGGUUCUUUUCAUUCCGCUCCUGGAGAUUUUCUUGCAUGGUCUGGCUUGUAUGGACACAUCCAACCAUACAGUGUUGCUUGUCUCUUCACCAUCAAGCUGCUUCACAUCAAAGUAUCUCCCGGAGUUCAUCCUUUCGAUUAUCAGUCUCCUAUACUUGUCUGUACAGGGCGUCGUGAUAAGUCUAAUAUUCUUCAGGAUCGAUCCGAUGGGAAAGGACCCUCAUGCGAAAACCACUGGGCGCAUCGAUGCUUUAUAUAGCUGCUUGCGAAUGCUUCUGUCCGUCUGUGCUACAAUUGCAGCCGACGACCCCGCCGCUGUGCUUACCGCCAUCAUUAUUUCCUCAACGAUUAUGCUCUACUUGACAUGUCGCUACCAACCCUACUUCAAGGGGGUGAUCAAUGAUGCGCGCGCGGGAAUGUGCUUUGGGAGUUUGAUUUGCGGGAUUACUUCAGCUAUCGUGCAUAACCAUCCGGAAUGGACUGAUAGCGCUGCACCGUUCGGGUUUGUGUGCUCUCUCGUUCUUCCUGGGAUUGCCAUUGGGUUUGCAUUGUCCCGCAAGUCAAGAGAACGGACCGCUGCCCGAGUCUAUGCCCAACUAAAAGCCGCCAUGAAGUCGGAAGGCCCUCGAGGCAGAGAUGGAACCCUUUCUCGAAAGACAAACCUUAAGAGGAAAGGGUCUCUGCUCCAGACGAACACAGUUGUGGGAAGCAACGAUGUGGAUUUAGAGUCUAGUCAGAUGGAGCCCAUCGAUAACAUUGUAAAGAAGCACGAGCCGAAGGCGAUCAAGCUUUUUGCGAGUUCAUACGACGUGGAGCUCUCUCUCAGAUUUUUGCAACAUAACGCCGAUACGAGCGCCAAGAAACUCGCCACAAUAUUACUCCGCAGAGGGGCUGAACAGUUUCCGGGUUCUCCAAAUGUUCAUUUGAUGCAGGCCCAUUACAUUUCCUACUUUGAGUUGGGGCCGUCAAGCGAAAUCUGGGACUGCCUUGUUGCUGCUAAGGCUGCCAAACCGCACGUGGACACUCGCUUUUGCAUCUUCAUGGAAGAAAUGUCUCUUGAGCAGGAGCGGCGGAAAGAAGACUUGGUAGCCUCUUCCAUGGGGGUCGCACGAUACGCAGAAGUGAAUGCCCUGGAAGAGGAAGCAGAGCGGUAUCAUGUGGAGACCUUGAUCGCCAUCAAGAAACUGUGGCAAUUCUUGCGGAACGAAAAAGACAAAUUCGCUUGUCUGCCCUAUUUGCUGGAACACAUGCAGGAAAAGCGAUUGAAGGCGCUCUCCCGUUAUGAGAACCUGGUGGCCAAGUUCCCGAACUCCAAGAAGAUACUCCAGAGCUACGCGAGCUUCCUUCUGAGGGCAACGGAUGAUCCGGAAAAGUGCAAGAAGCUUCUUGCGCAAUUGCAAGAAUUAGAAAAGGAAGAGGCUAGAUCCGCAGCGGCGGCAGCGGCGAAUGCCGGCCUCGCCCGAAAUACUCCAACAAAAACGUACUCCAGCAUGCCCAGCAUGCCCACCGUCCCCAGCAUGGUCAUGGAGUCCAACUCGGCAGUCCAGUUCAACAUAGCGAACGACGACGAUGAAAUUCAAGUUGGCGAAGACGCCGCUGGUGCAAGUCGGCGGUUCAAGUUCUCGGAACCCUCCAGAGAUUCCACGAAGUCGCGCCCAGGAGGCAAAUCAGUAACCACGAUGCCGCACCCGGAAGUUUCACUCGGAGAGAGUAGCAAAAAAGCCCCACCAGCUCCGCGAAGCGUGACAGGACUGUCCUCGGGCGGCAGUCAGAGGGAACGCAACCAGCGCUACCUCAAGGACGCCAUCGCGAAAGGGUUGAAAAAUCCCAUAGACACCUUCAACAUCACUGCUUCAGCUCUCAUUUGUUUGAUUUUUAUACUUAUCGUCGGGGGUUUCGGGUUCUGUCUGUCUGUGUACAGCCAAAUCCUCUCGGCUUUGCCCCUGGCUUACGACCGAGCCAGACCUCGGAUCUUUUCGUCGCGAUUUACAAUGUACGCUCGUCAAAUUAGAAACCUUGGAAGAGGCGUUGCUCCUGUUGGCAAUCCCGCCACGGAGUUCAACACCACCAUGAAUCUGAUAACCAGCAUGCUCGGACGCACUUGGGAGCCAGUGUGUAUGGCGCUGCUGGAAGCAGAACGACUAGGCGAUCCUCUGGAUAUUGUCAUUCGCGAUCGCAAUGCUGGAGGAGAUCACAUGGAGGCAUACAGUACUUUCACCUUGGGUCGGUCAAUCACCAACCAUGUCAACGACAUUACGGCCCUUGAUAUUACCAACUCCCAGUACUCGUUAGCUCCAUUGUGGUUCAUCGACAACAUGAACACCAUGGCUACCGCUUAUACUCAAGUGGCGUCGGAUGCUACCGCCACGUUCAUGACCAGUAUCACUGGAAGCAUCAACGGCAUGAGUAAGUGAUCGGAGCACUACUUUUUGGAGAAGAGAGUCUCUUCGUAAUAACGACUGCUUUGAAUGAUAGUUGCGAUCCUGGUCGUUUUGGGGGUUGCCAGCGUCGUGUGUGCGGUGUUUCACUUCUGGCCAAUGAUAAAGCGAGUGCAUGAAAAGCAAUUAGCUGUGCUCAAUCUCUUUGUCGGUAUCUCCCGAGAGCACGUCACGCAGAUGAUGGAGGCCUACGACGCUGAGAUUGAGAUGAUCAUGGAGAAAAUGGAGAAUUCAGAGGCGUUUGCAGAAAUUGCAGCUUCCAAUGAGGCGGGGUU